ACCGGUGGCCGGGAGCAGGGAUAACCGAGGAGGAGGCGGAGACGACCAUGCCAGAGACGACGACGAAUCAGCAGCAGCAACAGCACCCAGCACUUACACAUCCUACGGAACGCAAGAUCUCGGAUCCAGAAACAGAACACUUCCCCGAACCCAACAAUAGACCGGAUCGCGUGCAGAACUUCUCCUUCGCCAGCAGCUAUCCCUACGCACCAGGACGAGUGUCCUCCAACUUGAAUUCUAUCCAGAACUCCAGCUAUAACUCGAACUACAACUCAUCCGGAUUCAACGUCCAGCGCUAUCAGAGUCCCUACAAUUUCCAGCACGUGGUGACCAACGCAUUUUCGGUGCUGCGCCAUCAGCCCUCCGAGGUGGAGCAGGAGCUCGAUUCGUAUCCAACUAUCCAGCGACCACAACAGGCCAUCGUGCGUCCCAUACGGCGUGAGGAUACGGAUCACCAGGAUGGCCAUGUAGCGGACUCCACUGGGAAUCCCACCCAGAGAUCCUUCUUUUCGCGCAGCAACCAGGAGGUGCGCAGCUUUGCCGAUGAGCUGAGCCAGAAGUUGCGCUUCCUGGCGCCCGAGGAGCAGAACUACGGCGGUCGGCACAGUGCCAACAGUUCGGGAGCCUGGAUGGAUCCAUCGAUGGCUCAGAGGCCGCGCUUCGAGACCACAGUGCCACAGGGCAUCUUCCUGCCGCCGCCGCAUGAGGUCCAGAUGAUACCGGCCACCAUGCUGAGGCGGCAUGUCUACGCCUACUCCUCGUAUCCCAUGAUCCUACAAAGCUACUACGGCAAGGAUCCCGGGAGUGAGCACAAGGAGCAGAAGGUGACCGCCACCCGGCUAAAUGGAGUGCGUGCCACGGCGGCAGUGGCGGCGGCCACAGCUGCGGCCUCCAAAGCCUCCCAAUCCUCCCACAACCACGAUUCGCAGUCCCUCGCCGGCGGUCUACACAUCACCAAGGCCCAGUUCCAACAGCAAUUGCAGCAGCGUCGCACCAACAACGACAAGAGACCCAUCGUCCCGCCGCCGGAGCCCUACAAGAACGUCAUGUACGACCGUCGCGUCAUAAAGGGCAGCAACUUCGGCAACUCCUCGCUGGUGACGGAUGUGGACCCCUUCGACAAGGCCGCCGAAUUGAGGCGCCGCAAUAUGUUGCGCAAACGGACGAUGCAGUGCCGCAAUCAGCGAAACGUCCUGGGAACUCCGCCGCCCGUUAAGGGACGCAAACACGAGACCAUUCAGACGGAAAAAUAUCUGGAGAAGUUGGUGCAGCGACCGCCGGAAUUCUCCAUCGACACGCAGACGGAUCUGUUUCUGGAGAAGCCGCCAACGCCUCCGUUCAUCCCGGCCAAGGUGGGCGUGGAUGUGGGCACCGAAAUCGGCGACGGCGAACUCUUCCACUUCGAUGCCGAAGCGCAGCCCAUUAUCGAUGUCCUGGUGGACGCGUGCAUCGAGCAGAGCAUGCUGGAGGUGGCCCACGAGAUGGAACUGGCUAGUCUGCGGCGCAAACAGGAAGAAUUCCUGGCCCAGAGGGAGGCGGAACUGGCGGAGCUGCGUCGCCUGGAGGCGGAGGAGAUGCGUUUGCAGGCGGAGAAGGAGCGCCGCCUGCGCCAGGAUGCGAUUGCCAAGGAGCUGGACGCCGAGAUGCAGAAGAGCGUGACGGCGGCCAAGUUGCUCCAGGGACACAUCGCCAGUCUGGUGCCCGAGGUCCUGGAGAACAUUGAGCCGGCCAGCGAUGCGGUGAAGAAGGAGCAGCUGAUGAAGAGCAUCUGCCCGUGGCUGUCCGCCGAGGUGGCCGAGGAAGUGGGUCACAUUGUGGACUCACGUGAGAUCCUCACCGCGAUCAUUCAGGAGAUUAUCAAGCAGCGGGCCGAGAUCUACGCCGGCUACAAGGAUCCCGAAUCGGAGCCAUCCGCUCCGGAUGCGGGUAUUUGCGAGGAAGAGGGCUGCGCCAUCGAUGAGAUGGAGGCGUGUCCCUGCGAAACGGGAACGGAGGAGGAUUGCCCCGAGCCGCCGCCACCGCCUCCUCAUCUCUAAAUGAUUUCGUUAGAGUUUAGUUAAUAUUUCGAGUCCUUCAAAAUGGCCUUUCCUGACCACACAGAGAAACACACCGCACACACACCUUACACACCUGCGAAUGUACCGCUAUGAAAUCAAGGAUGGCUGCAACUUUGUUUUUGUGUCUGGCGAAGGACUCGAUUCGCCGCAGGACCCGCAAUCGGGCGCCAAACACAACUGCACAGAGGCGGCGCAGAUGCGAAAUGGAAUCGAAUGGCAAAUUGUAAACUGGAUAAUUGUUAAAGGUUUUUGUGUUACCUAAAAAUUCAACGAAUAAAGCUCGACAAAAGAAA